UACUUUGAUACAGCAAGGGAUGCAGGUGAAUGUAGCUUUGUUUAGAUAACCAGAGCAAAGGGCUCUUAUUCUUCCAAGGAAUCGGAUCUCAAAGAUUCAACAAUGAGAAAUACAUCUUCCUUUUAAACUUGGGUCUGCUAGAUUUUGAUUCAAUACUCAAUAUGAUUCUCAAAGAACACGAAAAGAAAAGAGGGAUUGUCAUCUUAGCUUUGUACAUUGCAUUGUGUUCUAUGAGAACUUAGAUUCAGGGAGACAAGGGAGCGAAUCUGUUUCAGUUGAUUCAGGUGUCAGAUUUGUAAUUCAAGAAGGUUUCGAUGUUUUCGUCUCUAGUUAGUUAACUGUUGUGUUGGCGUGCUAAAGGCUGUAUAACUUGUGAGACCGUGUUAAGCUUCAUGGAAAUUGUUGCUUUGAGGUUUUGGAUGUUGAGGAUUGAUGUAAAGGUCAAGUUUCGUGGUGUCAAGCUCGGAUAGUUUUCGAUAUUUCUGUGAACGAGCAGAAAUGGGUUCAUGGUUUGUUGCGGCAGCUGCUGCUGGAUAUUUGGCUAAAUUUUGGCAAAAUCUUACGACAGAUAGAAAUGGAUUUCCUGAGGCUUCUUCUGCAGAUUCCGGAAUUGGGAAGGUUGUACCCGGGAAAGAUCCAGUCCACAAAUUUUCUAUGAUAAGGAAACUGUGGUAUGAUAUUUCCCCAGAUGGAAGAGAGUUUUCGGAUAGGAAAAUUUCGGAUAUUUACAAACUAAAUGUGGCUUCAGUUGCUGAAAUGGAUUCUGCUAGUGGUUUCGAUAGUGAAAAGAUGGGGAGAUCAGCACAUCACAUGGAUCGCAAUGAGAUUUCUCAAUCAGGUUUAUCGCCAGGAUCGUUGACAAAUGAAAACCUAAGAGAAGAUCAAUUUGGAAAAGAGCCAGGUGCCGAUAGCGGUAGUGAUUCUGCUACUAUCACUAGAAUAGACUUUUAACGAGUCUAUGCGGAAAAGAAGCUUUCUUAAAACUAAACAUGCUUAUGGGCGUGUACUUAAACCACUAAGCUCCUUAGAUAGUUGCCUCAUGGCUCAAAUACAUAUGCAACAUCUCAAAAUGGAGGAGUACGUGCUUAGUUCCGUUCUGUCACCAGCAACACCGAUCUUGAGACCUUUGCUGAUAACCGAUGGAAGCCGAGUAAUCAACAGAGUAAGUGGUGAUUUUUCUAUUGGAUCAAAUAAAAUCGAGGACAAUAAACUGCAUAACCAGGACGCCUUUGAAAAGAAUGGAUGUGUGUACGCGGUUUCUCCAUUGCCAAAAUUCGGUUCACCAGAUCUCCCUGAGAAGUUGAAAUGUAAGAGUGGAAAUGAGCGUGAUGGAAGGCCAAACAUUUCUUACAAAAUUGCUUCUGAAAAGCAGUUUCAUUCACAUUGGGGUCGUUAUGAUCGAGUGGUUCAGUUUUGUCAUGGGAUUUCUAUCGGAAUCAUAUGUUCUUAUAUAGGAAAUAGAAGGGAAGUUGAGAAAUUGAGAGGAUUGUUAAAGCAGGCUGAGAACUUGGUUCAAGAUUUUCAAGAGGAGCUCGAAAUGAAAGAUUCAUUGACAGUGAAGGAGCUAGUCAAUGAGAAUUAUGAAUUACAAGAAACAGAUGACAAUUCCUUUACCGACAGGGACAGGGAAACGGUUUUGUCUUCCCUUGAAUGUAAUACGGAUAAUUCAGCAAGAUUCGAUGGUGAAGAUCAUAUCAUCAGAAGGUAGAGGAAAGUGUGGAAUCUAUGAGUAAAAUCGAAGCAGAACUUGAAGCCUAACUUGGGAGGUUGGGGCUAAACAUGGAUGUACCAAAUCAUGAUCGUAGACUGCCUGAUUUUGUCGAGAUUGACCCAGAUUUUGUAGCAGAUUUUGCUGAAGGUGAAUUGAGAUCUGAUAUGGUCACCAGACGGCCUCUUGUUCAAUCUAUGUCUAAUGAAGAUAGAAGCGGCACCUCAACUACUCAUUCUGCAAAUUACGCUGUCUCUUCCCGAGAGUUGAGCUUGCGUUUGCAUGAGGUGAUUCAGUCAAGGCUUGAAGAACAAGUACAAGAACUUGAGACAGCCCUCGAGAACAGCCAGAGGAAGGUGAAACUAAUGGAGUCAGAGCAUAAGAAUUCUAAUAACAAAUGGAAAUACUCGACGUCAUUGGAGAGUCCACAAUAAAUGAAGAUCUCCAUUGCACGUCGAAGCCUCAAGUCCCGAAAUUAUCAUGGGAAACUCCAGAUCAUGUAUACAAUGAGGCUUAUGAAGAGGUGACAGAAGAGGGUACACCAUUUCACAUUGAUCGGAAUAAUCAUCAAGAAAAGCUGCCUUGGUGUGAUCAAUACGAUGCAAACAGAUCAGAUGGAACAUUUUAUGAUCAGGUAAGAACAUCGGAAGAUCAAACUUCAAGGGUCCAGGAACUACUUGAUGUGAGUGUAAGUGAAGAUGAUUGUAGUGAUGAUGAAAUGGAGAAGCUAUUGAUACAGCAAAUUGUGGAGAAAACCAAGAAAGGAUCUCCUGUAUUGCUAAAUGCACAAAGAAUAUUGUUUUCCAUGGAUGAAAUUUAACUUUUGAGAAUCAUAUUGAAAUCGAGAGACCAAAAUUUUUGCAGUUUAUACA